CAACAUAGAGAUAAGAUAAGAGAGUAACCUAUUUUCAUUGUUAUGAAGAAAAAAGAAGUUAUUUUUUUUCUUUGAUCAAAUGGAUAUCGUGGUUCCAUACAGGAAAAGCCUUCUUAGUUAUCUCACUCCUACUUCCGAGCGGUAAAUACAACAGGGAAACUUCGAAUGUGUAAAGCACUAAAGUUGUGUCCUUUACUCACACCCAUUUCCAUUUGUAUGCCAACCAGAUGUUUGAUAUAGUUCCUGAACGAAGUAUAUAUGCUGAAUAUCUUAGUCCAUGAUUCUAAUAGCUUCAAUGCACCCAAUAUCACUUAUAAAUUGUCAUUUCUCUGCUAAACGUGGGAUUCUUGAAGCUAAUCAUUCCUGCCCAGCUUUUCGAUGCCAGUUGCAUACUAUUCCUUCAAGUAACAGAGUAGUAAUAUCGAGAUCACAAUUGUCAUUGCCAAAUACCAAGAGAAAUAAUGGGGUUGUUUGUAACAAGAUGCUUGAAACUAGUGUUAGUUAUGAAGCUUCCAACAAAGCUCAAGUGCAAAAACUGGUCGACCUGCUCCAUGUAUGCGCUGAAGAAGAGUUAUUAGAUGAAACCAAAACUAUUCAUGGUUAUAUUCUGAAGUCUAAUUUUUCAGAUAAUAACUUGUUGCUGUUGCUUAAUCAUGUAUCACACGCAUAUUCGAAAUGCUCAGAUUUUAGCUCUUGUCAGGUAUUAUUUGAUAAAAUGUUGCAGAAGAAUGUCUUUUCUUGGACUGUCAUGAUUGUGGGAUCAAUAGAAAAUGGAUUUUUCUACAACGGGUUCAAAUACUUCCGAGAGAUGCUAGAUUAUGGAAUGCUGCCAGAUGGAUUUGCUUACUCGGCUGCACUGCGGUUGUGUGUUGCUUUAGUAAGCCUUGAAUUAGGUAAAAUGGUACAUGCUCAGAUUGUUGUGAGAGGCUUUUCUUCAAAUGUCAUUAUUAAUACAUCACUUCUUAACAUGUAUGCCAAGCUGGGGAAUGUUGAGGAUUCAUCUCUUGUUUUCAACAGUAUGAGUGAAAGGAAUGCGGUCUCUUGGAAUGCAAUAAUAUCAGGACUUACUGCUAAUGGUCUUCAUUUGGAAGCGUUUAAUCGUUUCAUUGAAAUGAAAAAUAAAGGAUUUUCCCAAGAUGUUUACACUUUAGUUGGUGUAAUGAAGGCAGUCAGGAGUUUAGGUGAUAUUGGCAAGGGUAAGGUAAUCCAUAGCUGUGUCUCUGAGUUGGAUAUGGAUUCUAAUGUUGUGGUAGGCACUGCACUGAUUGAUAUGUAUGCUGAAUGCGGUGCUUUAUGUGAGGCAAAGACUGUUUUUGAUUCUAAUUUCAGCAAUUGUGGAGUAAAUAUGCCAUGGAACGCAAUGAUUUCUGGUUAUACACGGUGUAGAUGUGGCCAAGAAGCUUUACAGCUAUAUGUUAAUAUGUGUAAAAAGAAUGUUAGGUCUGAUAUUUACACUUACUGUAGUCUGUUCGACGCGAUUGCUGAAUCAAAAUAUUCCAAGUUUUUAAUGGAGGUUCAUGCGGCGGUUCUUAAAUCUGAAUAUGAUAAUAUAUCCCUUAGUGUGCAGAAUGCAAUUGCAGAUGCUUAUGCUAAAUGUGGGUCUCUUGAGGGUGUAAGGAAGAUCUUUGACAGAAUGGAACAAAGAGACAUAGUGUCUUGGACCACUCUUGUGACUGCAUAUUCGCAAGGUUCCCAAUGGGAGGCAGCUAUAGCCGUUUUUUCUCAAAUGAGGGAAGAAGGCUUUGCAGUCAAUCAGUAUACUUUGGCUAGCACCCUUGUUGCAUGCGCUAGCCUAUGCUAUCUUGAGUACGGUCGGCAACUUCAUGGGCUCCAAUACAAAACUGGGUUACAGAAUGAAAGUUACAUAGAAAGUGCACUGGUAGAUAUGUAUGGCAAGUGUGGGAGCAUAACUGAGGCAGAAAAGGUAUUUGGUUGUAUUUCCAAUGCUGAUGCUGUUUCUUGGACUGCCAUGAUAUCUGGGUAUGCCCAACAUGGUUCUGUAUUUUGUGCACUUGAACUAUUCAAGAAAAUGGAGCAAUUGGGCAUUAAACCCACUGCAGUUACAUUAUUGAGCAUUUUGUUUGCUUGUAGCCAUGGUGGAUUGGUUAAAGAAGGUCUUCACUUUUUUUGGUCAAUGGGUAAAAGGUAUAAUUUGGUACCAGAGAUGCAGCAUUAUGCUUGUGUGGUUGACCUCCUUGGCCGUGUGGGUCUUCUAAUUGAAGCGUUCGAAUUUAUCAGAAAAAUGCCUGUUGAACCGGAUGAAAUGGUUUGGCAAUCACUGUUAAGUGCAUGUAGGAUUCAUAGAGAUUCUGAGCUAGGAGAAAUAGCUGCCAAGAAAAUCCUUUCUGUUUGCCCUCAAUAUUCAGCUGCAUAUGUUCUUUUAUCCAAUACAUAUAUGGAAACUGGGAAUUUUAGAGAGGGAAUUGACCUGAGAAAUGUGAUGAAAAAGCAAGGGGUUAAAAAGGAGCCGGGCUUUAGUUGGAUUACGAUUAAUGGUAAAGCCCAUAAAUUUUAUGCAAGCGAUCAGGAACACCCAGAGAAAAAAAGCAUUUAUCUUAUGCUGGAAGAAUUAAGGGUGGAUAUGAAGGCUUUGGGUUAUAAACCAGAUUUCAGAUCUGUUUUAACAUCCGGAGAUUGAAAUAGCACUUUGUAGCAACUAGUUAGGGGAGUAAACAUAUGAAAGUAUUGGGAAAUGAUUUAGGAGAAAGAGUCAUUAUGAUGCAAGCUUUGUACUUGAGGAACGUCUCAUAUGAAAAGCGAUCAUUUUGGUGCUAGUAGUACUUGAAUUGCUUCUGUUGUGAAGGUUGUCCGAUGGGGUAGAUCCGUAUAUGCUAACAUCCAGAAAUUCAUCCAGUUUCAGCUAACUGUUAACAUUGGUGCUCUUAUAAUUAACGUUGUUGCUGCAGUUUCUGCUGGUGAUAUCCCAUUGAAUGCUGUUCAGCUACUUUGGGUAAAUCUUAUUAUGGACACCUUGGGCGCGCUUGCACUGGCCACAGAACCACCAACUGAUCAUCUAAUGCGCCGAGCUCCUGUUGGUCGAAGGGAACCUCUCGUCACCAAUAUCAUGUGGAGAAACCUAAUAAUACAGGCUCUGUAUCAAGUUACAGUUCUCCUAAUCCUCAAUUUCCGAGGUGAACAAAUUCUGCAUUUAGAGCAUGAGACGAGGGAGCGUGCUGUUAAAGUGAAGAAUACCUUGAUUCUCAAUGCUUUUGUCCUAUGUCAGAUUUUCAAUGAAUUCAUGCUCGGAAGCCAGAUGAGAUAAAUGUAUUCAGAGGAGUCCACAAAAACCGUCUAUUCAUUUCAAUCGCCGGCCUCACAUUGGUGCUUCAGGUUAUCAUAAUAUUCUUUCUUGGAAAAUUCGUUUCAACUGUGAGACUGAGUUGGCAAUUGUGCCUUGUUUCAAUAGCCAUUGGAUUUAUAAGCUGGCCCCUUGCUGCUCUUGGGAAGUUGAUACCUGUCCCUGAGAAGCCAUUUGGGGAGUACUUCUCCAAGAAAUUACCGAAACGAAGAAAUCAACAAGAGUGUUCAUAGAUACAUACACAAAAUUAACUAACAAAAGUGUGUCUGUUUUGUAAGGGUGGCAUUUCUUUUGCUGCUGUACAGAAAUUUGCCGCUAAUAUUUUACUAGUUCUUGGGUCAUUUUGUGAAUGUGGUAGAACAGUAUAAAUAUAUUUCUUGAAUGCCUCUUUAAAUUCGGAUGUAGUCGUCUCUGCAGCCUAUUCGAAUUUUCCUGUCACUCCACUUUAUGUUCUCUGAGGUAAAAAAAAAAGCCUUUUCUACUGUUUAUUACAUGAAUGUAUCAUUUAUACGGGAAAAAAAAUUGCCAGAUUCUAAAGCUACUCUUUUAGUGGAGACUUUUUGUUAUGUUUUGAAUCGUAGCACAGAGGUUAGCUAUUCUGCACAAAAUGAACUAUUUGCCUAGGACUCGGGGAUAAAUAUACAUGGCAGACACUGAACUUGUCUUUAUGUUGAAUCGUAGCACCGUUGUGGGCCUUAGUUUUGCUUUUUAUCUGCUGUAUCCUAACAACUAGUUACAAAUUCUGUCUCACAUAUUAAAAUUUAAGUUCCAUGGCAUUAUGAAAGAUGCAACUUCAAGAGUUUCCCCAAAGGAAGAGGUGCCAAAAGCAGGGAAAGAGGGGCCUUCUACCAUUUUUCUCCUUGUAAAUACUGAAUUCACCGGGACAUGCCCAUUGAAGCGCAGUUGAGUGACUGGUUGAUGGCAGGUCCUAAUAUUCAAAUCCAAUCCGUACCUGCGUUCAUUUUAUUGACUGCAGUUCCAAGCUUGUUGUGGAAUUAUUGCUGAGUUGGAGUAUUUUCAUGGAUGAUAAACAUGAAACUUCUUGCUGCUAGUUGUUUAGACCACGGCAGAAGUAGGAAGCUCAUCUUUAUGAUUUCCCAUGAUUGCAAGCAUGUUUCAUGGGUUUAGUUUACCCAACUUCCAGGGGUUCGAUUUUUGACAUUGUAUAAAGUCGAAAUAGAUUUCGGCCUUCCUACGUUCGAGCGAGUUUGAGUGUUAAAAAGUCGGAAUGAGAUUUUGGGAGUAAGUUCUGAGGUCGGUACUAACGAACCUCGAGCCCGAAGGUCGCUCGAGGAGGCGGCUCGAUAAUCCUAUCGAGCCCAUGACCGAAUCGAUUCGCAAGGCACUGCUUCUAGGUCGGAAAUGCGUGAUGCCCAUCUCGAAGGUCGAACUCGAUCCAAGACCGAAGGGCCCGACCCAGUAAUGAGUUCGAGCUAGUAUCGAGCUCACAGACAAGAGCCGUUGCAACCGCACCAAGAGAGAAUCUUGGCGGGAAUCAAAGAAGAGACAAGUUAUCAUGGGCUUUCCACUAUAUGUUUUAUUUUAUUGUUUUUUUGUAAUGAUCCUCUUCUAUAAAAGGGGGAGGAUUGCAAUAGACAAUGGGGGGCUCUGACAAAAAAAAGACAUCUCUUUGUGCUUGUUUGAUCUUAUUCAAUUUCUCUGUUCAUCA